UAUACUGUCUUGUACGUGGCUUAUCGCAUGCUCCGUAGUAUGUUUGCGCCGGCGAGUGCGGUCGGCACCACGGUUGAUGAGAUUAUUGGGGAUCCUGGACUCGACCUGCAGGUUGCGUCAGUGGGGAAUCACUGAGCCAGUCAUUCAAAGAGAUGAGAAAACCGUGGCGCUAACGACCAGGGUAAGGAUUGCUAGCCCUGCCAAGUGGAGUGUGCCGAGUAACGCUGAACUUGCAUUGCUACGAGGAACAUUGGGUAUUGUCAGCAUGGCCAAUGAUGAAGACAGUGGUAUAUCACUAUGGUACCGGGGAUGUUGUCGAACAAUGGUCGUGCGCUGCGAGGGGUGACAU